GUUGCCGGGGCGACAGCUGGAGCAGGAGUGGCCGAGCCGGUUAAGGGAGGGUGUCCGCGGCCGUGCAGCAGAGAUUUUGGCUGUUAAUUUGAGAAUUAACAGUAACCAUUCAAUAUGGGGGAUGUUCUGGCUCAUGAAUCAGAAUUACUUGGACUUGUGAAAGAGUACUUAGAUUUUGCUGAAUUUGAAGACACCUUGAAAACAUUUUCAAAAGAAUGCAAAAUAAAAGGAAAGCCAUUAUCUAAAACAGCAGGUGGCUGUUUAAGGGACUCCAAAUCAUUGAUCAUCCAGAAGGACCUCGUUGCUGCAUUUGACAGUGGUGACCAGAAGGUGUUCUUCAAUUUGUGGGAGGAGCAUAUUCCCAGUUCCAUCCGAGAUCGUGACUCCCUUGCCCAGAAGUUGGAGUUCUAUCUUCACAUCCAUUUUGCCAUCUAUCUUCUGAAACACUCCGUAGGGAGACCUGACAAAGAGGACCUGGAAGAGAGGAUUUCUUAUUUCAAAACCUACCUGGAGACCAAAGGGGCAGCGCUGAGCCAGACCACGGAGUUUCUCCCUUUCUAUGCUCUGCCUUUUGUUCCCAACCCCAUGGUCCACCCCUCCUUUAAAGAGCUCUUCCAGGAUUCUUGGACUCCAGAAUUAAAGUUGAAGUUGGAAAAGUUUCUGGCUUUAAUUUUUAAAGCCAGUAACACGCCAAAGCUUUUAACAUUAUACAAGGAGAAUGGACAAAGUCAUAAAGAAAUGUCACAGCAGCUCCACCAGCAGCUGGUAGAAGCCGAGCGAAGGUCAGUGACGUACCUGAAGCGGUACAACAAGAUUCAGGCAGACUACCACAAUCUCAUCGGGGUCACAGCAGAGCUGGUGGAUUCUCUGGAGGCCACCGUCAGUGGCAAGAUGAUCACCCCGGAGUACCUCCAGAGUGUGUGUGUCCGUCUCUUCAGUGACCAGAUGCGGCAGAGCCUGGCCCACAGCGUGGACUUCACGAGGCCUGGGACGGCUUCAACCAUGUUAAGAGCCUCCUUGGCACCCGGGAAACUGAAGGAUGUCCCAUUGCUGCCCUCCUUGGAUUAUGAGAAACUGAAGAAGGAUUUGAUUUUGGGGAGUGACCGCUUGAAAGCCUUCUUGUUGCAGGCUCUGCGCUGGCGCUUGACCACAUCCCUUCCUGGAGAGCAGAGGGAGACCGUUCUGGAAGCCUACAUCGGCAACGACCUCCUGGAUUGUCACAGCCACAGCCAGAGGAGAGUGCUCCAGCUGCUGCACUCCAGGAGCGAGGUGGUGCGGCAGUACAUGGCCCGGCUCGUCAAUGCAUUCGCAUCUCUGGCAGAAGGUCGCCUCUACCUGGCCCAGAGCACAAAGGUGCUGCAGAUGCUGGAGGAAAGGCUGAAGGAGGAAGAUGAGGACAUCGUCACCCGCGAGAACGUUCUCGGGGCCUUGCAGAAGUUCAGCCUCAGGCGCCCGCUGCAGACAGCGAUGAUUCGAGAUGGCCUCAUCUUCUGGCUGAUUGAUAUUCUGAAGGACCCCGAUUGCCUGUCGGACUAUACACUGGAGUACUCGGUGGCUUUGCUCAUGAACCUCUGCCUCAGGAGUGCAGGGAAGAACAUGUGUGCCAAGGUGGCGGGUCUGGUGCUAAAAGUUCUUUCGGAUCUGCUCGGCCAUGAGAACCACGAGAUACAGCCGUAUGUGAAUGGAGCUCUGUACAGCAUCCUUUCUAUUCCAUCCAUUCGUGAGGAAGCAAGAGCAAUGGGAAUGGAGGACAUCCUUCGCUGCUUCAUCAAAGAAGGCAAUGCUGAGAUGGUCCGCCAGAUUGAAUUCAUCAUCAAGCAGCUUAAUUCAGAAGAGCUACUGGAUGGUGUUCUUGAAUCUGACGACGAUGAAGAUGAAGAUGAUGAAGAGGACCAUGAUACUAUGGAAGCUGAUCUGGACAAAGAUGAGCUGAUCCAGCCCCAGCUUGGAGAGCUCUCAGGCGAGAAGCUUCUGACCACGGAGUACUUGGGAAUUAUGACGAACACAGGGAAGGCAAGGCGGAAGGGCCUGGCCAGUGCGCAGCAGAGUGCCGACGAGCCCCUGCGCCGGCCCGUCACCCCCGGCGGCCACAGGACCGGGUACCCAGUUCUGGAAGACCAUCCCAUUUCGCCCCAGAUGGCCCAGCCUGCCCAAAACGGCAGCCUCCCAUCCCUGACAAGCGCCCACCCUCCCGUCUACAAGGGGGCUGAGCCCGGUGCUUCGGAGCCUUGCAUCUCCUCUUCAGCCACCGUGGACAUCAAGCCAGGAGAAUGGUUGCCAGCAGGACAUCAGGGAGAGGCUCGCCUGCCCUCCUCGGAGGUCCCCAACCAGACCCCAGGCAGUGGAGAGACCACCAGAUCUGAGGCAGCCUGCUCAGGAAGAGGCGCCUAGCCCUGGUGUCCAGACCCAACCCAAUGGCGAGGCCGGCUGCUCCCGCCACUUCCUCCUGGCCUUGCAGCAUCCUGCAGCUGGACUCGUUUCAAGAUGGCAAAGCCAACCUCCUGCACGAAACUAUUGGACCUGAGCCAGGUUUCACAUGACUACACCCUCAGAGUCCCUGAAUUCGAGGAGAUUUGCCAUGGUGACUGGUCGGGCCUCCUGUGCCUCCACCUUUCUAAAGAAUUGGGAAGUGUUUCCGCAAGUGUGUCUGCAGUGAGCAGGCCUACCAGCAGCUGGGGUGAUGGCUGACCUUGGCCCCGUCAGGAGCUCUGUGAGCAGCAGGGCCUUGCAGAUCUGGAUGAGACGGGGGCGGAAGGGCUGCAAUCCAGACCCCUGAGACCUGAAGCCUCCCCCACCUGCAGAUGUUUCCCCCUUACAGUGUAGAGGGGUCAGAGCAACCAGCCCACCGCCCUCCCCUUACUCAGGCCUGGCUGCCCUCCCUGCUGUCUCCCACGGAUGGAAGCCACAGAAACAGGAGUUCCUGCUGAGUUCUAAAGGCUGCAGGGGCCCCAGGACAGGCAGAAGGCCUAGCAGAGCCGGCUCCCACAGGGCAGAAAGUCUGAGGAGGUGGGCAGGCGAGAGGGUGCUGCAGGCCCUGCCCCUCUCCCGGCAGGCAGCACCCCGGGGCCUUCCUUUCUAGGCAGAGAUUGCAGGAGGGCACUGGGGAACAAGGAGGUCGGAGCUCCCAGGGGCAGUAGAGCUCUGUGGGGUGGAGCCAGAGGACUUUGGGGCCUGGACUGGGGUGGGGAGGGGUGUCCCCUGACCUGCUGGGGACCCAGGGCCUCACCUCCCCCACCCGGCAGAAUGGCUGAAGGUGUGCUCCGGGAUUAGAAGUGCCCGAGGCCCACAGGCUGGUCCCACAGGUCAGGGGUUCUCUGGCUCUUGGCACCCUCCUGAAGUGGGGGGCUCAGAAUGAGAGACCUCAGAGGACUGGGCCAGAGCUGAGGCUGGGCCCCUGCCGCGCUUGUCCCCUGCGCCCAGGGCAGGACCCAGAUACGGUCCUGCGUCUCAGCCGGGCCAAACCUGCCCUGUCAGUGCUAGAACCAUGUCUUUUUUUCCUUCCUGUAAAGGCAGAAUUCGUGCCUGAGGCUUACUGCUGGAGACAGUCCCCUCUCCCCAGACUAAUGUUUUCAUAGCAGGGGAUCCCCAAAGGCUCUCCUGAGAAACACUCUCCCUGGUGACACCAAGCGGAGUGACCCGGUUGGCCCUCCAAGGUCCUGUUGGGCACAAAAGCCCCCGUGGGGCUCAGUCCAUGGGUGCUCUCACCCUAAUGUCUGUCAUGUGCAUUCAACUCUUACUUUAGGUCUGGGAGGAGUGGGGGUGGGUUCUGUCUGAGGAAGAGGAGGAUGGAAGGAG